AAAACGUCAAAAACUAAUAUAACCUUUUUAAAACUAAAACUACUUUAAAAAUACAAAUUAAAAAUGUUAAGUAAAUAACGAAUCUAUGAUUAAAUAUGGAUUAAAUGGUUAUCAUAGUUAUGGUUCAAUAUCAUUCAUAUGUCUACUAAUGUAAAUAAUAUCCAAUGCAGUCUCAAGGAACUGAAAUUAAUAAAGAAAAUGUGAAACACGUAUGUUCGAUCUGUGGUUUUGCAAAUGGAGCCAAUAUUUUACUUAAAUACACUAAAGUAUUGGAAGAAGCAUAUCCUCCAACCAAGGGUUCUGUAAAAGCUGCUGGUUAUGACUUAAAAAGUGCACAUGAUGUUGUGGUACCGGCUAGAGGCAAAGCCCUAGUUGAUACAGGCCUGAAAAUUGAACUACCAGAAGGUUGCUAUGGAAGAAUUGCUCCAAGAUCUGGUUUAGCUGUAAAGAACUUCAUUGAUGUUGGAGCUGGAGUAGUUGAUGAAGAUUACCGUGGUCUACUGAAGGUUGUUCUCUUCAACCAUUCUGAUAAUGAUUUUGAAGUAAAGAGUGGAGAUAGAAUUGCUCAGCUGAUCUGUGAAAGAAUAUUUUAUCCUGAACUUGAAGAAGUAAAGGAGUUGACUGAUACUGCCCGUGGUGAAGGAGGUUUUGGAUCCACAGGAACCCAGUAGAAAUGCAUUAUUUUAGUUACCAUGUUCUGAGUAUUUUUAAGGUUUAAUGUUUUUGUUUCCUAUGUAGUAUUUAAUAUUCGUUUGUAAGUGUUUAAUCAUCAGUUCUUUGUAGAUUUAUGUUAAAUUUAUUUGGAAAUGUAUGAAUAAAGUUCUUAUUUUUUAU